AAUAGAAGGUGAAGGAAUUGGUUUGGGCAACAGAAGACAAGAUACUGGCAUUAAAAUAGAGCCAUAUCUUGUAUGUGACGGAGAAGUCAUCAGUGAAUAUGUGACAAGGAACGGAAGGAAAUUAACCCAAUAUUUCCUUAAAGGUAGAUAG